AUGUAUUUCACUGACAAAAACAUUUGCUUUUUACAGUUGUUUGGUUUCGUUUUGCCCGGGGGUGGAAGCGUGAUAAUUGGAUAUGGCACCAGUAAUGUGAUACCAAGCGGCUUAGAAGGCGAAGUGUUCGGAGUGAAUAUGAUAUUAAGAUCUACAAUAGAAAGAAAUCAUACAUUGAAAAGGGAUCCAUUAUAUCAACAAAAACUAUUUCUUCAAAAUAGGGUAAUUGGUAACAGAAAUUUGAAAUAUAUUGUGCUUGGUUCAAUGGAUUCUUAUGAAAUAAAAAAUAAUUUUGAAACCACUAAACCACCUUCAUCUCCUAAAACAACAAAAUAUUAUAUACAUUUUGCACUUCCAUACAGCUUUAGUGAAAAUAACAUUAAAAUAGAUAAUAUAUCGUUUCGUCCGAAAUCAGCUACUGAAUCGAAUGAAAGAGAAAUCAUGGACUUUUCAAUUAUUGAUCCUAUAUUAACCACAGAUAAAUCUAAAAUAAAUUUUUGGAGUCUAUUACAUCAAGCUGGAAAUGAAGCCAAAAUUAAAGGACAUCCUAGAAACAACGUGGAGGUAGAAGGGGAUGCUGCACCUAGUAAUUUACAUACUACUACUACACCUAUAUGGGAGACAUUAUCUUCAGCAAUGCCAAAACGUAUUCAUUACAAGUCAGUAAAACCUAAAAACCCAUCUUUAUAUGACUUAGAUGCCAACUUUAAUAAAGUAAAUGUAAGUUUAAAUACUAAACAAAACAAAGGAAUACUAUCCGAUACCACAUUUGUAUCACCAGAUAAUAAAUCAAGUAUAUAUGAGCAAUGGACUAGCUCUAAGUAUGCUGGAAGCGUUUUAAAUUAUCUGAAAAAAAUAAACUAUCGUAAUAGAGAACCUAUUAAAGUACCGGCAAGUAUACCACUUGUUAAAAUAUCAGAUAAUUUCCAGUAUCCUACAGAUUUCAAAGGAUCUAAAGUACAUACACCCCUUAAAUUUCAAAGAAGAAAUUUCGAAGACAAGCACUUUGAUAAACGUGAUGUUGAAGACUCAAAGAUAAUUAAUAGAAUAGGAAAAAAUGAUAUUCAAAUUAAAAAAAUGUAUUGUAAUUCAUCGAGACACACAAAUAUAAUAAUAAAUGUAACAAAGAAAUUUAAUGCUCAGAACAGAUUUUAUAGAGACACUGAUAGCCAAACGUCUAAUGAAUAUCAAUUACGUGCAGGAAUUUAUGAACCUAAGUUGCAUACAAAGUCACCAAAAAUAAAUAUUAAGCUUACAAAACAUCCAUUUCAUUCCGAAGGAAACGAAAAAAGUAAUAUUCUUACAGCUUUGCCUUUUAUAAAAUCAGCUGAAUAUUUGAUGGAUGAUUCGGAUAACGUAAAUUCAAAUGAAAUAAAAAAUAAUGAUAUGUACGCCAGAAGUCUAUCUCAAGGAAAUAAAUGGCACAACGUGCAAACUUAUAAUAAUGAUUUUACUCCACGUCGUGUUAACCUGGAUACCGAUGGAUCUAAGAAAAAUACUCAUAUUUCAGAAGCAAAUAAGAAGCUUCAUUCUGUAAGACUUAACUAUAGGCCCGAAUAUCGAAAAUUUAUGACAAGUUCCAAAGACGUAACUAUUAUAGAGGGACGUGCUCUUGCUAAGGAAGUAUCAAAUCAAUUUAAUAAACAUGAAUCUAUCUCAAUACGUAAAUACAAUCGAGGAUUCUUACCAAAACAGAAAAAUCGUUCAAAAUCUUCUGAUAAAAUAAACGAAGCUCCUGAAACAAACUUGAAACAAAGUUUCUCUAACGGUAAAGAUGAUUUAAACAAAGAGGUUACCUUAAGAAACCUUAUAAACGAACGAUCUAUGGUUGGCCUAAAAACAGAACAAAAUCAUCAAAAAAAAUUAGGAGGUGAUGACAAAGCUCAAGAAAUUUAUCAGUUUAGAUUUGACAAGAAAGGCAAAUAUGGGAAAACCCGCUCUUCUCUUAAGUUGAAUGUUUGUAAAAACAUUGAGUUAAGUGACAAUGUUUUAUAUGUACAACCCGAUGGUACCAUUGAUCGGACUCGAAUAGUAUCACCUGUCAAAGAUAAAAAUAUAGGUAUAGAAUUUAUUAUGCAAAAUUAUAAGAGAUGUUCCUUACAAGACUCUUCCCUAGAAAAAAAUCCUUAUCUUUACAUAGAUUGGAACAAAACGCCAGUUAGAUUAUUUGGGGGUGCGUACCCCAAGAAAACAACAGAUCUGUGUGGUUUCUUUUAA